UUCUCCCCCUCAUCUAAACUCAAACAAUCCUUACUCAAAUAAUUCUAAAUAUUCUCAAUUUAAUUUUGACUGCCGCCUUUUCUUUUUCUCAACUUAUCGUCAACCCAAAAAUAAAAAAUCUCAAAUACGUAAUUUUUUUAGUUCUAUUUCUUUAACCUCAAAAACUCUCCCUUUUCAUUAAUAUAUAUAAACCCAAACACUCCUCAAUUCUCCCCUCAACUGAACUCAAACCAUCCUAAAUAAAAUUCUCGGUUUAAUUCUCGCUGCCACCUUUUCUUAUCCUCAGCUUAUCCUCCACCCGAAAAUUUUUAAAAAAAACCUCAAAUGGGUACUCUUAUUGGUCAUGUAGCACCCGGGUUCGGGUUCUUCCUAAUCGGGUUUUGGCACCUUUUAAACCACCUUAAACAACUAGCCCUUAAAGGACCCAACAACUACAAGUCAUACCCAUGGUUCCCUACAAACAUCCGCCGUCUACGCCACCUUGAACUAUACCUUAUCAUGCUAGGAACAUCUUACUCCGUCGCCAUGGAGCUUUUUAUCGGGCCGGAUCGACACCAACCUUUGGACCCAGAUGGAACCAUCCCUUCCAACCAUCUUCAUAACUUUGAACAUUCUUCCAUUUCUCUUACGUUCUUUGUUUACGCCUUUUUUGGGCUUGCUUUAGAUAAGUGGGCCAGCCCGAAAAUCCCGGCCCAAUAUGAUGUUCUUCAGUUUCUUGGGGCACUUGCAUUUGGACAACAAUUAUUAAUGUUUCACCUUCAUUCAGCUGAUCAUAUGGGCGUUGAAGGACAAUAUCAUUGGCUUCUUCAACUUGUUAUCUUCGUAUCUAUGUCUACUACUAUCCUUGGUAUCGCAUACCCAGGGAGUUUUGUGAUCGCAUUCACUAGGUCUAUAAGCAUACUAUUCCAAGGAGUAUGGCUAAUGGUAAUGGGGUUUGCAUUGUGGACCCCAGGAUUGAUUUCUAAAGGAUGUUUCAUGCAUGUAGAAGAAGGUCACCAAGUUGUUAGGUGUGAUGGAAAUGAGUCCCUUCACCGAGCUAAGGCCUUGGUUAAUAUUCAAUUUAGUUGGUUCUUAAUUUUAUUGGCCGUCUUUGCCGCGUCGUUCUAUAUUUUUAUUAUGAAAAUGUAUGGUGAAAAUAAUGUUGAGUAUAGUUCUAUGGAACUGUCUCAUCAAGAGGAAGAUAUUGAAGCGCUAAAGAUUGGUGGUAAAUAUGCUGAAACGCAGAGUUUUAUUAGCAAUAAGGCUAUUGAUCAUAUGGAAAGGUGAAUUAAUUGAUUAUUUAAUUAAUUCAUUUCUUUAUUGGAGUAUAUAUAUUAAUGGGUUAAAAGAAAGAUUGAAGUUUGUAUCGAUUAAGAUUUUAUGUUUGAUUAUCAUUAUUAUAUCUCUUAAUUAUUCUUGUCAGUCAGUCUACCUUGUACUUAAAAAAAAUUGUGAAGGAAGGGAAGAAAAUCAAGAAUUAGAAUGAAUGACUUUUUGUCAUCUUAUAAUUCUUUUGGUUACCCUUUAUUGGCAUUUAGCUUUGGGGAGUUGUACUUUGUGAUCUAUUGUUUGUAUAUAUACUAGUUUUUAUGGCACAUAUUUAGGGAAAGAAAUAUAGAAAGUUUAUUAUGUUGUGUGUUACUCUUGUUUUCAAGACACAAAAGGAAUUGUGAAGUAUGUAUCAUGUGUCUUGGGUUGAUACUUGCAUUGUAAUGAAGUAAUUUACUAUGAAAAAAAAUUGCUUUUAAAGCUUUUAUUAA